CUGUAGGAGUUACGACGCCACAGGCAGUUUCAAUCCCGGUGUCCUUCAGUAUCCCAACGGCCCCAUGCACCAGUGACACAUCGGCGUUAACUUCUGCAAGAUCAAGCCUCAUCAGAAACUUUCAAAAUAACGGAAUCUGCAGAACAGCGUCACAGAAUAACGUCGAACUGUGCAACCCUAACCAGAUGACCGUUUCAUGCUCUGUGGUCAGCGGACGAAAGAAAAGGGCACCAAAGACUGAGGGACAAACCGAGGAAAACCAUAAUCUAAAGAAGCGUAACAUCAUCUCGUACCUCUCGCAUGAAAAGACACUGAAGAAACAAGCUAAAGAGGAGAUGGCAAUGUUUAGAGAUGCCAACAGAAAGAAAAGAAACCCAAUUCUGCAUAUCAAGAGCAAACAAGCCAACAAUGAUGACGUGUUACUACAAGUGGUCAAGAAAGCUGUUGCUGAUGGAGCGAUCUUGGUCAACAGGGUCAAACGAAACGGCAACGGUUUGGACGUGGACAUUGAGGUCAAGGCCACUCCGGACACGUCGGACGGAAACGUUGAGGACAACAUCAGUAAAGCUCAGACCAAAGCACAGGAUGUUGUAGAUGAGAUCAGGAUGGAGGUGGCGUCUGGAAACGUUGCUGUUGAGAUGGAUGGGAGGACCUACACGGCAGAUCCACGCUCAUUCACGGCAAUGGCUGUGAAGUAUGAUUGCCCAGUUGGUACCAUACAGAUAGAUGGAGGCUGUGGAGAAGCACCAAGCAGUGGUGGGUCUAACGGCACCGCUGUAGCGGUUGGCGUUAUAGUGGCCUUGCUGCUGUUGGGCGCCAUCUCGCUAGGUGGCUACAUGUACUGUCGUCAGCAGCGGCGCAAGUUCGGCCCCGGACAAAACGUCCGGCUCAGCGACUUGACAGCUCGAGAUAAUCCUGUAUACGACGCCUCGGAUAUCCCUCCGUCUUACACAGAAUACACGGGUGAAAGCUACAACGCGUACGCUAUGGCAGGGUUGCCGGAAAAAGCCGGCCCGGACGGCGCCAUGCAAGCUGGAGCGUUACCCGAGAAGGCCCCCACUCCUCAAUGGGUGACGUUUGACGACGGCAGCAACAUGCUCAGGGAGCCUGCAGCACAAAAUGUGUAUGAGACGAUCCCUCCUAGCGCACCCCCUGUUGAGUACAACAUGUUCGUUGAUAACCCCUCCAAUGAAAAAGGAGGCGAAACACAUGCAUAAAAUGUAACAGGUCUUCUCAGAGUUUGGGCUUCGAUGUAAACAUGUAGGGGUCGUUCAUGCUGGCAAGUUCUGUUUGCGAAGCCUUUGCUAACAUUCGCCAAAACGUCGCCAAUUUGUCGCAAACACUCGCCAAUCGAUCGCCUAUUCAAGAAAAUCAAUAUUAACAAAAUGUCAUGAAUGAGUGCGAACUAGUCGCGAAUUAGUCGCUAACUAGCACAAUCACAGCAAAUCUCUUUUUCAAUGAAUGGGUUUUCUAUUCUAAAAUUUUCAUCACUGCGAAUUCCAUGAAAGUUAUCUUGUAUCAAAUUCGGUGCCAAAACUGAGGAUGUGACAUUCCGGGCACGGCCAUUUUUUUACAGAGGUGAAGUAUUUCACCCGUGUGUCGCACGUCGGUGUGACCGUAAGGAAAAAUUGGAGAAACAUUAACAUGCCGCAGUAAUUUGUAGCCAACAGUCGCAGUCACGUGAAAUACCCUCUUCACUGACUAAGCAUAUUGUGUUGGCAAGGUCUGGCUGCCAAAAUGUUCAAAAUUCUACCAAGCUUUUUCUUUCCAAAUCAAGUUUGCAGUUCAAUUUCCUGGUGACGGAUAAUUUUCUCUUGAAAUUUAGCAAUCCAUAUUCGUUUUAGACAACCAAUGUCCAAUAUAGUUAAUCAGAUUUUACAGCAGAUUUUAAUACAUUUAAUGUAUCUACCGGACAAGGAUAAUAUGUGGAUAGUCAUUUUUUUUUUCUUUCGACAUAGUUAUUUCCAUAGUAUGUCAAUGACGUUGUCAAUAAAGUUGUCUAAUGCAUAAUAAAGUGUUUCUCUUUGACAGUACAUAUCAUUGAAAAGAAACUCUAGAGUUUUGUUUAAUUAGAGUGAUGGAGUCGAGUUAGUAGUAACAAAAUGCGAUUAUAUAAUAGCUUUUAUCCAUACCCAAGAGCCUAAGUGUAUAUAUGGUUGAUGCCUAAAGCUUUAAUGUUUUUUUCUGGAUUGUUGCUAAGCUGAUAUUUGUUAUUAUCCCGGAGAAAUAUACAAACGUAAAUGAUAUAUUAGAGUAUACCUUGUUUAGAAGGUAAACAUAUAGUUUUUACUGAAGUUUUAGGACAAUACUAAAAUGCUUUGUACAUUUAUGCUACUCUGACCAAGGAAAGAUCCUUGCUUUGACCGAUUGAUAUUAGAGUGAGAUUGCCUAAAGUCGACGCUUGAUGAUAAGGAAACGGUGCCAUUAUUUGCUAUUUUAGUGCUAUUCAAGAUACUCAAGUUUAAAGAUUUGUAAGUUUUCUAUUCGCCUAUCAUUUCAGAGUGGCAGCUGCAAUGUAUGGUAAAAAAAGCAAGCAUAACAUAUCAUUUUGUCCUCAAUCUUUUUACUACGAAAAGAUUUGUAAAU